GCAACAUUUCCAGCGCAGUGAGCUACGGGCUUCGCUUGGGGAUCUCCUAUCAAUACUGAGUUUUGAACAUUCACGCAGUACUUUGCUGGAAUGCGUGAAGACUUAUCCAUGUACGGCAAUCAACUUGUCCAUAUAUCCUCCUGCUGGGCUGCCGGAUAUGUUAUCGGACAAAUCCCGUCAAACUUACUUCUCACAAGGGUCUCUCCUCGCUAUGUUAUCCCUGUCCUCGAGCUCGCAUGGGGACUAGCUACCUUAGGAACUUUUGCAGUGAAGAACGUGAACCAGCUCUUUGCCAUCAGAUUUUUGGUCGGUCUAUUUGAGAGCGGAUUCUAUCCCGGCAUGCACUUCAUCCUCGGCUCAUGGUAUACUCCCCGUGAACUUGCCAAGCGAUCGGUUGCUUUUGGCAUUGCCGGUACCUUUGGAUCGGUGUCUUCAAGCUUUCUGCAAACUGCUACCUACAAGACUUUCAACGGAGUGCAUGGACUAGCUGGCUGGCGAUGGCUGAUGAUCGUAGAUGCCGCUAUCACGUUUCCUGUUGCGCUUCUCGGAUUUUUUUGCCUUCCAGAGCUUCCUUACAAUGCGAAACCUACCUUCAUUCUUAAUCAGGACGACAUAACUUUGGCUUGUGACAGACUGAGAGCUAUAGGUCGCAAGGAGACCGAGCCGUGGUCACGAGAGAAGUUACGACGCAUAUUUAGCUCCUGGUAUAUUUGGGUCUUACCCAUUGAAUAUGUUCUAUUGGUCAACGGCGGUGUGCAAUCACCCAUGCAAUAUUGGAUGAAGAGCUUCAACACGACACCCCCGCCGGUUCCAGGUAUGAGAUUCAGCGUCACCCAAAUUCAGCUACUCCCACUUCCUGCAACCGCAAUCGGGAUCAUCUGUGCCUUUACCCUUGCUUGCAUAAGUGACGGCCCCUUCAAGGGGCGCAGGUACCCGUUUAUUUAUUAUAGCACUAUAAUACACCUCGCUUUGAACACCGUCUGGCUUUCCAUGCCGUUGUAUAAGAACAUUCCCAGUCAUUUCGCCUAUUUCUAUUUGACGGCAAUCAGCGGACCUGCUGGAUCACUCACUCUGAACUGGAUCACCGAAAUUACUCAGGGAGAUACCGAACUCCGAGCACUCUGUGUAGCUCUUGGGAAUGAUCUCGCAUACGUGGUUCAAGCAAUUGUGCCCAAUUUUGUCUGGAAAACCGUUGACUUUCCUCGGGCACGAAAGGGCUAUCACUAUUCUAUCAUUCUUCAGUUCAUUCUGAUCCUUUGGACGACUCUCAUACUAUUUCUUCUCCGACGGGACCAAAGGAAGCGUCGCCUGAAACAGAGUCUCGAAGCUGGCCGUGAUGCCUUGGAUUCUGAUAUUUCACUAACCAACUUAGCCUCUCGCAAUGGCCAAGAUCAAGCAAUGCCCUGCAGGGCAAAAAAGAAUCGUCAUAUUCAGAAGGCACGUUGAAGGGUUCUAUUUUCUUUUACGUUUACGGUGGGUAUAGUACAUCGCAGGCUCUGCGACCGUACUAAUGUUUCUUUACUUGUACAUGUUGCAUUUGUGUAUAUACAACGAAUCAAUCAUC